AUGCUCCGCCGCCUCGCCACGAACUCCGCGCGCGCGCUCCUGAACGCGACGGGCGCGUCCGCGCCGCCGCCGCUCGCGUCUUCCACGGCUGCGUUCCACGGCUCCGCGCCAUCGCGCGUCGGGCAGGUCCUGGUCCACAUGUCCGGCCUGGACUGCGGCGAGAUCUUCUCCAAGACGCACAAGGCGCGUAUUCAUCACACUGGUUCCCAUACGAUCGCGUUCGCGUGGUGA